AUGGCAUGGAAUGUAUUAUUCAUUUUUUUAAUUCUUAUAUGUUCUGAAGUUUUAUGUAAAAUAAAUACAGACAAAGGUUUACGUGGAUGUUUUACAGAAUUGAAAUGUGGUGAAAAAUCAACUAAUCUAUCGAUCAUUGUUCAAGGUCUACCAGGUCUACAUGGUCCACAAGGAGUUACAGGUUUACCUGGCCAUAUAGGUCCACCAGGUUUAACAGGUCCUCCGGGUCGAGAUGGUUUUGCUGAACGAUCAAUUUCAUUUUGUGCUGAAUUACAACAUUUUGAUAUUGCAAGAAAUUUCAAUAGGAUACUUCGACCAUGGAUAUUAUCUGAUUCAUUUAAUGUUCCAACUGUUUCAAAUUAUUUUUCGGAACAUACUGGCAUAUUUACUGUACCUACAAAGGGUCUUUAUCAAUUUUUUCUUACUAUUUUCGUUUCUAGAAUUAAGGCAUCUUUUUAUAUCACAAAAAAUAGUCAACAUAUGUGUACAAUUUGGUUAGAAUCAAUAGUUAUAAGUCAUAAUAAAACCCUUGUUUCGGGUUUUUCUAAUGGUUUAAUAGAUUGUCUUUUAAAUUGUCAAGUUAAUGAUCAAAUAUCUGUUCUAGCUUUAAAUCUUUUAAAUGAAAAUUUCGAUUCACAACCUGAUGCUUAUUCUUAUUUAAUAUUUUCAGGCUAUAUGUUAUCUCGUAUUUAA